AUGCUGGCCUUCGAAGGUGCUACCAAGAAACAGAAACCUGAUGUACAAGUCGGAGAUUGUGUUUAUGCUAGACUGUUAAAUGCUCAUCGUGAAAUGGAGCCAGAACUUGUGUGUAUUGACUCUUACUUCAAAGCAGGAAAGUUAGGAAUAUUACCAAACGAAGGAUUUUUGUUAAACAUCAGCCUUCCUUUAACACAGAGCCUUUUGGAUAUUGAAAAUCCAUUACUCAGGAGUAUAGGAAAAAAAUACCUUAUGAAAUGGCAUUGGGUGUUAAUGGCAAAGUGUGGAUAA